CGCCCAGACCGGGGCAGCGAGGUGAGGCAACAGCGGUGGAGUUGGCGGAGCUCAAUCCAGGAGAACUAUGGCGGUCUCUCUUUCCUUGUCCUCGUCCCUCUCAUUCCUCAACUCCGUUCGCUCUUCCUCCCUCUCUUCUACGACCGCCCUCACUUCAAACUUCGGUCCCAAGAAUGCCCGGUUCCUGAAAAUCGAAGCCAAUGCCAGGACCAGGAGAGAGGACCGCAUUGCUCGGCAUGAGCGUAUCCGGAAGAAGGUUCAUGGAACACCGGAGAGGCCAAGAUUGUGUGUUUACCGGUCGAACAAACAUCUUUUCGUCCAGGUUAUCGACGACACAAAAAUGCAUACGCUUGCCUCCGCUUCGACGAUGCAGAAAUCCCUUGUUGAGGAGAUUCAAUGCACUUCUGGACCAACAAUUGAAGUUGCAAAACGAGUUGGAGAAGCCAUUGCCAAGGUUUGUCUAGAAAAAGGCAUAACCAGGGUGGCCUUUGAUCGUGGGGGUUAUCUAUACCAUGGACGUGUUAAAGCUUUGGCUGAUUCUGCCCGUGAACAUGGUCUUGACUUCUGAACGUGUCAUCAAUCUGAUCUCUGAUUUUUUGUCUAUAAUGUCUCAAAUGUUUAUGACAGGUCCUCUUUACAGAGUCGUUUUUCAAUUUUUCAGAGACAUAUGGUUCUAAUUUUCAAACUUGUUAUCGAUUGUAUCCUCUUGUGCUUGGAAAAGGACUCGGUGUAAUGCUUGUUGUCUUGUGGAUGAAAUCUACAACCACGAGCUUUUCUUCA